AUGGAUAAUGAUGACUUGGACAUAAUCGGCAAUGCUACCUUCAACCAGAACGUGUGCCACGAUGACGUAUCCAAAGGGACGUUUGAGCAGAGAUUUUGGUGGGAUGCGUCUCACUACAAGCCCGGCGGGCCAGUCUUUGUUUUCAACCCCGGAGAACAGUCUGCAGAUGGAAUGAUGGGUUACUUGGGUAACAAAAGUCUUCCAGGCUAUUAUGCACAACAAUUGGGUGGAGCCGCCAUCCUCAUAGAGCACAGAUACUGGGGCAAGAGUAUACCAUUCGACUCUCUUGAUGCGGAGACUCUGCAGUACCACACUCUUCCGAAUGCAAUGAAGGACAUGACGAACUUCGCACUCAACGCCGAGCUCGAUUUUUGCGAGGACGGCGACUGCAACGCCAACGACGUUCCCUGGGUAUUCAUCGGCGGCUCCUACGCAGGUGCUUUGUCGGCGUGGAUUUCUCAGAAAGAGCCUGGCGUUUUCGCCGCAUACCACGCCUCCUCCGCUGUUGUCGAGGCCAUCAGUGACUUCUGGACAUACUUCUCCCCCAUCGAGCAAGCUCUGCCCACCAACUGCAGCAAUGACGUCAAGGCUGUCGUAAGCUACGUCGACCAUGUCUUUACCAACGGAGACGACGAUGACGUCCUGGAACUGAAGACCAAGUUCAACCUGCAAAAUCUCAACGCAGCCGACUUUGCCGACAUCCUCGCCAACCCGGUUAGUGAGUGGCAGAGUAACCAAAGCGCAGUUCUUGCUUUCUGCGACUACAUCGAGACACACGCCGGAACUUCCAAAGCUGUCUUGAACAACGGAGCCGGUGUCGGUCUAGUUGCUGCCCUCGAUGCGUACGCCGCGUACAUCAACGAGACGGUAAAUUGCGGCGCCGACGGCAGUGCCUGUGACACGUACGACGAAGAAAUCCAAUGGAACGACCCCAAGGACUUCGAUUCCAGACCCUGGCAAUGGAUGCUCUGCAACGAGCCAUUCGGCUGGUGGCAGGUCGGCCCCGGCGUUUCAGACGGCAACAACAUCGUUUCCAACCAGAUGCGGCCCCAGCAUUACACUCGGAGGUGCCCGCUCUACUUCCCUAAGACGAACGACUACACUUUCGGCAUGGACGAAGGCUUCACUGAGGAGCACCUGAACCAGUGGACCAAAGGCUGGGAUGCCCCUUACGAGAAGGUUAUCUUUGUCAAUGGCGAAUUGGACCCCUGGCGCUCUGCCACCGUUGCCAGUGAUUACCGUCCCGGAGGCUAUGUCAACGACACGGACUCGCCGUCUUUUGUUGUUGAGGGUGGCGUCCACUGUCCUGAGUUGUGGAUCGACAAGACCGACCCCUACACUUGGCCUGUCAUCGAGAGCAGUAUGAAGAUCAUGAAGAAUUGGCUGUCUGAGUGGCAGAAGCCAUCCAAGGCAUAG